AUGGAUCAGACCGAAUCGACGACGCUGCAGAGGUCGACUUCAUUCAGUAUCAAGAGUAUACUGCUUCCAUCUAAAAGUGACAAACAGGACAUGAGACUUCCAGAGGAACACGAGCUGCCUCCUGGAACCAAUUCCAAACCAUCUCCGGCUCCCAUCGAGACGCAGGAGUCUUCGGCGCUGGACGCAGAGAAAGUCAAAGAUGCAGAAGAAAGCACCAAAAGCGGACAGCUCGACAAACCGCCGUUUAGUUACAACGCGCUGAUAAUGAUGGCAAUUAGACAAAGCCCGGAGAAGAGAUUAACACUUAACGGAAUCUACGAGUUUAUCAUGAAGAAUUUUCCGUUUUACCGCGAGCACAAGCAGGGCUGGCAAAACUCCAUCCGUCACAAUUUAAGUCUCAAUAAAUGUUUUGUUAAAGUGCCGAGACAUUACGACGACCCGGGGAAAGGCAACUAUUGGAUGUUAGACCCUUCGAGCGAUGAUGUUUUUAUCGGUGGGACGACGGGCAAACUCCGGAGGCGCUCGGCCACUUCUAGGGGGAAACUGGCUCUUAAGCGAGGGCUUCGGUUUUCCCCGUUGGGCUUGGGGAGAAAUGAGACGGCGAAUAAUCCUUUAUACUGGCAAAUAUCUCCGUUAUUAUCUUUACAUCAUCCACAUUACACGGGAAUGGCAGCUGGAUUUCUGAAUCACGGUCACAGUUACGGUUCUUUCGUCUCUGGAGUGGAGCAUUUAGGCGACAGAGACCCGACGCGACCCAUGCUAGCGAGUUCUAGCGGUCCGCUUGGGUUGAGCAACAGUUACGGGCUGAGUUCGUCUCCCGUCGGGUUUUUAUCGGUCCAGUCAGGCUAUUUGCCGCACAACACGGUGAGCUCUCAACAGACAUUAGUCACCGACACCCUACGGACGACUUUAUCAUCUUUCUCGUCUGCUAUGUCAAGCGGUUUACCCGGAGUUUUGUCCCACCAAGAAAGAGUUACCUCAGAUUCAUUUUUUAAAUGAUGGAAUUUAAAGAGGCAAUAAAUUAAAACGACCGGAGGGUGCGUGAGCUACGAAACUGUGGGUGUAAUCAUUGACCAUUAAGCGCAAGCAUUGUUUAGCAUUAUGCGAUGUAACGCCAGAAAUCUAGUGCUAUGAAUUUGAAUAAUUGAUAUUUUCUUUAAUGUAAUGUCAUUGUGACCACUCAUUCCUCCAUAGUAGCCCUGCUGAAAUACUCCGAUAAAGAAAAUGUUGCGACUGUUGACUGUGAACGUGUGAUGAAAAGAAAAAGAAUCACAGACAUUCAAAGCUUUCAGAUAUUUUCUCAGGUCCCAAAAACAGACUGCAGACCGUUAUUAUAAUGUUUAGUUAUGCAUAUGCAUUUUUGUGUUUUCG